CAGAAGAGCAGAGCUGACACACACACACACACACACACACACACACACACACACACACACACACACACACACACACACACACACACACACAUAUAUAUACACACACACACACACACGGAGCAGACAGCAGCGAGCAGGACGUCUCAACAUGUUUUUAGUUUCUCUUUAAGCCCGGUGUGGGUGUGAGAAACGCGAAGUCGGGCAGCAGUGACAGCAGAGGUUACUGUAACAGCAGACUGUAUCAACACAUGUGUCUGUGCCACAGUAAUAGGAGCACUGCGGCUGUGGAUCUGGACUUGGGCAGCUCCUACACCCAGUGGUCCACAAGAAAGGAAUAUGGAGGCUGUAGCUCCUCUCCGUCCCUAGCAGAAGGGCUAGGAGCAGCCUGAUUCCUCCGUACUUCCCUGCCCGCCUGCCUCGCCCCUUCAUGGCCAGCAGGAGUCCUUCCCUGAGCCAGGAAGCCAGGGACUCGGCACCCGGGACCCCUGAGGCCGGCGCUGACUCCCAGCCGGGGCCCGAGGUCUUUUGCAAGCUGUGCCUCAGUGAGCAGCCAUCUGCAGCCACCAGGGAACUGCAAAGCUGCAACUGCAACUUCUGCACAGCAUGUUUGCAGCAGUAUGUUCAGCUGGCCAUCAUGGAGGGUGGGGGGGCACCCAUCACCUGCCCAGAUAUGGCCUGCCAAAAGUCUGGCGUGCUACUGGACUCUGAGAUAGCCAGCCUGGCUGCAGCUGAUCAGGUGGAGCUGUAUCAGCGUCUGAAGUUUGAGAGGGGAGUGAAGUUGGACCCCAGUAAAGCCUGGUGCCCAGUGCUUGAGUGCCAGGCGGUGUGCAAAGUGCAGCCAAGCACCGAGGGCCAGCCCACCGCUGUGCCCUGCCUCACCUGUCACACCGUCUUCUGCUCUGGGUGCAGAGGGCCCUGGCAGGACAGCCAUACCUGCCCCGAACGCCAGCCCAUGAUGUCACCCUCUCCCUCUCAUGAAAGCAGGGCCCGCUCCGACAGCCACUCUGACAUGCCCAUCAAACAGUGUCCUAUGUGUGGUAUCUACAUAGAGAGGAACCAGGGCUGUGCACAGAUGCUGUGUAAGAGCUGCAAACACACCUUCUGCUGGUACUGCCUGCAGAAUCUGGAUGGUGAUAUAUUCCUGCGGCAUUACGAUAAGGGACCGUGCAGAAACAAGCUGGGACACUCCAGGGCCUCUGUGAUGUGGAACAGAACACAGGUGGUGGGAAUCCUGGUGGGAGUCAGCAUCAUCGUGCUGGUGACAUCUCCGCUCCUCCUGCUGGCCUCGCCCUGCAUCCUGUGCUGUGUCUGUAAGCCCUGCAGAGGCAAGAAGAAGAAGAAGAAAAGGAAGAGGGACCUCAGCCAGCCAGACUCCUCCACAUCAUAGCACCUCCCCCUCUCAUUGGGCCAAUCCAGGAUACACCGACAAAGCCCAAGGAAACCAACAAGCGCAUGUGCAAGUGGUGGAAAAGAAUAAACUUAUCGAACAAUGGAGCACUUUUCCCCCCGACGCGACAGACUGGACGCCUCGUCAGGAGAAGGGUGGAAGUGUAAACACGAAGAGAAUGAAUGUAACUCGCUCACGUAGUUGUUGGCAGAUGCACAACAGGUUUGUAAGGAGAAGGCGGUGGGGGUUUUCCCGGAGACGUCUCUCUCUCUCUCUCUAUCUCUCUCUCUCUCUCUCUCUCACACACACACACACGCACACACACAUGCAGUUAAAAGUGCAACGCCACCCUCAUGUGCCAAAUGUCAUGAUGCCAAACUACAGGUGUUAGGUGCUCAAGUGCCUCACUCUACAGUGCCUGGUGCUUGGUCGUCUUUGCUUUGCCUUUCAUUCUAUCUUUAUAUUAUGCAAAAAUUUUAGCAUUAUGAAAAUGGACAACCGUCAGGAUCCCACAGGGUUGUAAAUCCCUCAAACAAAAAGCAAAACAUUCUUUCAUAAUGGUAGAAGGCAAACAGCAUCAUGUGUGCACUGUAUAUUCUAUACUGAUAUGAAAUAUGAUAGGGCUUCAGUGGUGCACAGAGAACUUUUCUUCUGCGAAUGUUUGUUGUUUCCACCUGGCGUAUGUUCCAGACCAAAGGCUCUAAAGGAUAAUGUGUACUUUUCUACAGUGUGUUAAUAUGUAUUUAUGGUUUAUGUGUGUAUGGUAUCCUCUUAUCAUUUCUACAUUUCUGUUGAUGUUUCUGCAUCAGAUAUUUUAUAAAAGCGCCAUUGUAAUUGAAAUAAACACACUGUAUUGAA